CCGACUUUCCAUCGCCGAUUCCUAACCACCCAUAUCAAUUGUUAAGAGACGCAACAUCUUUCCUUUUAAAGACCGUCAUUCGAAUCAUCGACUACGACGUAAAGGAUGAAUCCAGCUCAGGGGCAGCCUGCCCAAGGGCAGAAUACCUUGCGACUUCUCCGACCGGAGCAGAUGCGCACGAUCACGUACCUCACCGAUGACGAGAGAAGAAAGUACGAACAAGGUCUCCAAGGACUAUACCAAAAGAUGGAACAGUUCGGCCCAGAGACCCGGGAGCAUCAAGAAGCUAAAGCUAAAGUCGUCGAGUUCUCUCGCAUGGUUAUCAAUAAGGUUAAAACCCUUCAAGCACGAAGUCAAGCUAGCUCUCAAGACCAAUCAAGCCAGGCCGGUCGCCCCAAUCCGCAGCAGCAGAACAUACAGGGCGAGCAAGCUCAGAAUAACUUGGCUGCACCUCAACGGCCUGUGAGUAGACCGGUAGGAGUAGGACCGAGCAAUAAUGCUGCAGCUCCUGGUGCUGCGGCGCCCAAUGCUCCUCAGGUUGGGCAACAGGCGCCCCAAGGCGUGCCCAAGGCUUUAAUGGAGCAUGUUAACAAACUGCCGUGGCAUGCUCUGCGAAUACCUCCCCAGAUAUCGGCGGACCAAGGCCAGAAAUGGUUGACGGAGAUGAAACAGCGCUAUCUUCGGAAUCUUAUGCAGAUGGAAGGUAUCAAGUCUAAGAUGACUAGAAUGGACGCCAUGGUGAAAGAGCGACAGGAGAAGGGUGCAAUAACUGCCGAGGAGCUCAGAAAGUAUCAGGAAACGAAAGCCCAGGAGCAGAAGACGUAUUUGGAGGCAUCCCGGUUUCUCGAAAGUGUUCGCGCACAGAUGAAGGCCUCUCAAAAUGUGGGAGCGGCGGGCCAGAAUGUCCAACAGGGUCGACCACAACCCAUGCAGAACCAACCGACUCACCCCAUGCAAGUAGCGACGGCAUCUGUAAAUGCAGCGAUGGACGCAGCGAAGAACCAGCAAUUAGCAGCCUCCCGGGCAGCGGCCUCUGCGGGACAGCCGCAACCGCAGCAGCCGCAACAACAACAACAGCCUCAAGCGCAACCUCAGGCUCAACCACAGCAGCAGCAACAUCCGUCUCAGCAGCAACACCAGCAACAGCAACAUACCGGGACUCCUGUUACCCCAGCUGCACCUACCCCAACUACGCAACUUCCACACCAGCAGCAACAUCAACAGCAGCAACAACAACAACAACAGCAGCAGCAGCAGCAGCCGCAUCCUACGCCUGCCAACCAGCCCCAGGUCAAGAACGAACCUACCAACAACAUGCCGCAUCCACCGCCGGUCAACACCGCUCUUGCUGCCGCUACCGCUGCGGCACACAUACCUUCUGCGGGAACACCGACUCAAGCCUCGGCGCGUGUCCAAACCCCUCAAUCUGCAGUACAAGCAGCAGGAUCCCAAGUCCGACCACUAACUCACGCCGCCGCCGUUAACCGUGCCAAUUCGUCAACUAACGUCACCGGCCAAUCGAAUGGUUCAUCUGGUGGUAUCGCGCCAACUCCGGGAUCUGGUAACUUGGUCAACAACGCAAACCAUCAUACUCACUCUCACGCGCACCCACAAUCCACCACACCUGCAAUGAAUCCCAAGAUGCCUAUCAGCAAAAACCUUCCUUCGAAAGCAACGGAGAUUCCACAGGCCGUCAACGUCGGCGGAGGUAACACUGCCGGUCGCCCUUCCUACGGUGGUGGUAGUGCAACCGGAGGUGGAACUAUGAGCCAACCCGUUAUUCCCAAGAUGCCUCCUGUCCAAUUUGAUGCCGAGGGUGAACACUUUCUUUCUAAGAAGAAGCUUGACGAACUAGUUCGCCAGGUCUGUGGAGGUGGCACCCCUGGUGCGGACGGCAACUAUCUGGCCCCUGACGUUGAAGAGUCUGCCCUCAGUGUUGCCGAUAACUUCGUCGACAAUGUCCUGCACACAGCUUGUCGCCUCGCCAAAGAACGUGGAAGUAAGGUACUAGAAAUACGGGACAUUCAGCUCGUUCUCGAGCGCGUUUAUAACAUCCGCAUUCCGGGAUACACGUCAGACGAGUUGCGAACCGUACGAAAGGUACAGCCUUCGGCUAACUGGAUAUCUAAAGUCCAUGCCGUUCAGGCCGCUAAGGUGAUGCCUGGUAAGGACGACAAAUAGGAUAUGUCUCCUGCCGGUAAACCCGGGGGACGGCGCGCCCCACCACGUACUACACGUACGCAACCCAAGCCCGGAACUUCUACCUCUUCCCAAUCG